AUGUAUCCCAAUGAUUCUAGUUCGAAUUUUGGAGGAAGUUCUUGGAGGACUAAAAACUUUGAGAAUUCAUUCGAAGCCUCUACAGAGCUGAUUGGUCUGGGAAUUCAGUCGAUUUUACAGGACGAUCUGACCAGACCAUUCCAAAUUGAAGAAGAAGAAGCAUCACUAUUGCAUUUUCCAAAAGAAACUCUAAACUUGCCAUUUUACGUAUUUGGUCUUGGUUUUCGAUGGGGAUUUUUAUUCCCCAUCCGUGUAUGCUUUAUGGUAUUCUCCGUUUUGUUCCUGACGAUUUCAUCGGUGAUAUGUGUAAUUUUAAAUGCUGAAAUGAAAUAUUUCCGGUAUUGUGGAAUCACAUUUGCGAAACUCUUCAAUCUUUCCACUGGCCUAAUUGUCAAUUUUCAUGAUAAGAAAAAUCGUCCAAGAGUCCCAGGAGUGGCAGUCGCCAACCAUCUUAGCGCCAACGAUGUGAUGACCAUCUAUUCUGGGUGUGAUUAUGAUGGAGUGGGCUACACAAUCACAGGCCAGUCCCAUGGAGGAUUCGUCAAAUAUUUGUAUAAAUAUGGCGGCAAAUUGACCCCUCUUCUUUUGGUGGAUCGAGCAUGUGAUAAGAAUCGAAACGCUCUACUUCAGGCGAUUGUUGAGCAUUCUAAGAAAACUGAAAAGGAUACUUAUCCAGUGCUUUUGUUCCCAGAAGGAUAUUGCUCAAACAACAAAGCAGUAUUACAAUUUAGGAAAGCGAUUUUUAAUGGGGAAACGGCAAUUUAUCCGAUCGCGAUGAAACAAAAUUCCAGAUUCGGUGACGCCUUCUGGGCCGAAGACACCUUCAUUCCUUACCUCAUCCGAAUCAUGACUUCCUGGUGUUCCAUCAUUGACAUGUAUUAUUUGCCAGCCAUGUACAAAGAGUCAUCAGAAAACGAAGAACAGUUUGCCAAACGUGUUCAGUGCGCGAUUGCAGCGAAAUUGUCAGUGGAUGCGUUGCCAUUUGAUGGAAAGCUGAAAACUACUCUAUCCAUCCUAUCCGUCAUUAUGAUUUUUGCGACAUUCCCAUUUUUCUAUGCCUAUUUUGCUAAGAAUUCUGCUGUCAAUGUGUUCAACUUUGUCAAUGAAGUUGAAUAUUUCGAGCCGAAACGAGAGCGGCUUUUGGAUAUUUCGCAAUGUCAAGCGAAACCGGAGAGAAGUUUUUUAUUGGAGUGA